GUGUGGGUGUUUAUGUUUAGGAAAUGGAACAAUCUGUUUCAGGUCUGCUCUUCACCCUCGAUUCGUCCUGCUCUGAUUCGUCACUUCACCUCUCAAGCUCCGCCCUCACCGUCACCUUCACGGGUCACAUGAUCUCAUCACAUGACCGCAGCGAUCAGGGCUCCUGUCCGCUUCCUCAGGUGUGCGGCAGCGUGGGCGUGUCCAGAGGACAGUAUUACUGGGAGGUGGACGUCUGCAACAGCGCCAUCUACAGGAUCGGAGUGAUUUCAUCAUGUGAUGGGCGUGGCUGGUGGUUGGAGAGGCGUGACUCUGCGUUUCACGCUGUGUUUGACGGACGGCGUGAGCUCCUCCCCUCUGUGCCUCCUCAGCUGAAGACAGUGGGCGUGUUUCUAAAUGUGGGCGGGGCUUCGAUCACCUUCCACAAUCCGGUAACUCAAGAGUUUCUCGCCGCCGUCCCCUCCCACUUCAGUGUCCCCCUCCGUCCUGCUCUUCAACUGGGGCAGGGAAGACUGAAGCUCCGCCCCAGUCUGCCGCCGCCCAAUCACGUCUUUCUCAGCCACAGCUCUGCCUAUCGGGGUCCAGGAGGGGUGGGAAGUGUGCGCUGGAGGCGGGAUGUAACGUUUGGGUCGGUGAGUGCCGUGAUUCAGAAGUUUGAGGAGAUGUCGACCACGUCAGACUCGGAUUCUGGUCUCGUGUCCAGCGACCAAUAACAGUACAGAACGACCAAAACCUAGAGUACUUUCUACACGGACAGCAUCGUAAGGUGUGCUCCCUAGAUAGACAGGAAUUAUGCUGCCUUCUAAGAUCUCGUCUUUUGGACAAAAUAUAAGAAGCAUCACAUAUAUAUUCUUCUUGAAAGAGUUUGCAAAAUGCAAACAGCGCCACCUGUAGGGCAGAAGCUCUUGAAGAAAAAAACAAACAAAAUGUAACUCAAUUUUUACAACAAGCUCAUUUAUUGUCUUCUUGUGGUGAAUUUAUUUUUGUCUUAUAUGUUUGUAUUCAGUGGGACUAUAUUUUCUGUAUUAUAUUUAUUUAGUGAUUGCAAGAGAUUGUGUUUCCAAAAUGAUGCUCAUUAAACAAACACCUAAUUAAAAUACUGUACAAAAACCAAAAAUACUCACAGGAAAUAAAUACAAUUAUUUGGACAUAUUAAUUGCAUGAUCACAGUCAAACUGCCUGUUAACAUUUUUUUAUUUUAUUUUAUUUUAAAAGCUUAAAAAUAUUUCUGAAAUGCUGUAAGUAAUAUGUAAAUAAUAAAAACUGUUUAUUAUUA